CCGUUUUGACCUGCACCGCAUCGAUAGAAAUCGAUGUCGAAUUCAAGAGCGAAGUAAGUGCAUUGCAAAGCGUAACCAACCGCUGUCCCCGCUGCUGAUAGCUGAGAGCCAGGGCUACCUAGAACUAACGCAAGCCCGGGGUACACGCGAAGCGUACAAUUAUUUUUAGAACCAUAUGAAUCGGUGAUGUAGCAUCGUUCGGAUAUCCUGCAAUCCUCUUCCUUCCCCUGAAAAUCGUUAUUUCUCCUGCCGCUGAACGAUAGGGUUUAGUCAGCAUGACGCUUCCACCUCAACCCGUACCUAGCGAACCGUACAGAGUGGUUCCAAUCCAUAAACAUCGUGAACUAAUGGAUCAGUGCAUUGCACUUAUAAACGCUGAAUGGCCACGGUCGUACACGGCUCGGCUCUGGAGUUUGGAAUCGUCGAAAGAAACGCUCCCGACCAGCUUUGUGCUGACAACGAGCGUGAAAAAUGAAACCAUCGUCCUGGCUCACGCCAAACUUUCGCCCAUCCCUGCCGAUCGAGAUGCCGUAUUUGUGGAAAGCGUAGUUGUAGCUCGCGAACGCCGUGGCCAAGGCAUUGGACGGUUGCUAAUGCAGGAGGUAGAAAACCAUUGUUUCAAGCAUUUGCAUCUGAAGAAGAUCUACCUUUCCACAAUCGACCAGGAAGCAUUUUACGCGAAGCUUGGGUACAAGCUGUGCAGUGCUAUUAACAUUUUCGGGUCACGUCCCACAUUUAACAAGAGCACCAAGAAAAUUUGGAUGUCCAAGUGUGCGGGCAGUUAGUCGCAUAAACGAAUGACGGGUAUACGAGGCAUGUAUUUAAUAUCUUUGUCCGGUUGAUUAUUGUUAGCUUGCCUGCCAGUGGUUUGUUAUGUAUCAUUACAAAUUUAUAUCCUAGGCAACGGAAAUGCUAUUUAUUGUAGUUACACCAAUUUAACAUAAAACUUGAUUUGAUGAAUAAAAGGUGCUCUACUCGUGGUUCGCUAUAGAGCGUGUCGAGUUUUGGCGCUUAGAAACGCGAGAUAAAAAUAGCUGCUCGAAUCUUCUCUUUUCUAAAAAGCUGAAGGGUAGUUAGGAUGAAACGUGAUUGUUAAUAGGGACCGCGAAUCAUGUUUUUACAUACGCUUCAAUAGAGCUUAGAAGCAAACUAUAACGAUUUUCGGUAUUGUUAUCAAACAGCACGUUGAACGUAGCAUGUAAAAUCUACUACUUUGUCAUAGAUAAAGAGC